GUGGGGGAAGAUCCUAUGGAACCACAGAACACCACACAGGUAUCGAUGUUUGUCCUCUUAGGGUUUUCACAGACCCAGGAGCUCCAGAAAUUCUUGUUCCUUCUGUUCCUAUUAGCCUAUGUCACCACUAUUGUGGGAAACCUCCUUAUCAUGGUCACAGUGACUUUUGACUGCCGGCUCCACACACCCAUGUAUUUUCUGCUCCGAAAUCUAGCUCUCGUAGACCUCUGCUAUUCCACGGUCACCUCUCCAAAGAUGCUGGUGGACUUCCUCCAUGAGACCAAGACAAUCUCCUACCAGGGCUGCAUGGCCCAGAUCUUCUUCUUCCACCUUUUGGGAGAUGGGACUGUCUUUUUUCUCUCAGUCAUGGCCUAUGACCGCUACAUAGCCAUCUCCCAGCCCCUCCGCUAUGUCACCAUCAUGAAUACUCAGUUGUGUGUGGGCCUGGUAGUAGCCGCCUGGGUGGGGGGCUUUGUCCACUCCAUUGUCCAGCUGGCUCUGAUACUUCCACUGCCCUUCUGUGGCCCCAACAUCCUAGAUAACUUCUACUGUGAUGUUCCCCAAGUGCUGAGACUUGCCUGCACUGAUACCUCCCUCCUGGAGUUCCUCAUGAUCUCCAACAGUGGGCUGCUAGUUAUCAUCUGGUUCCUCCUCCUUCUGAUCUCUUAUACUGUCAUCCUGGUGAUGCUGAGGUCCCACUCAGGAAAGGCAAGGAGGAAGGCAGCUUCCACCUGCACCACCCACAUCAUCGUGGUGUCCAUGAUCUUCAUUCCCUGUAUCUAUAUCUACACUCGGCCCUUCACCCUGUUCCUCAUGGACAAGGCUGUGUCCAUCAGCUACAUGGUCAUGACCCCCAUGCUCAACCCCAUGAUCUACACCCUGAGAAACCAGGACAUGAAAGCAGCCAUGAGGAGAUUAGGCAAGUGCCUAGUAAUUUGCAGGGAGUAAACUUUAAGUAAGUUGACUUUAAAUGACAAAUUUCUCUGGAUUUUUAUUUUCCCACAUGAAAAAU